GCACUGACCACAGCACAGUUUGAGUUUAGAUAGGUUAUUUUUAUUAUAUUUUUUUGAAUUUUGAUUAGCAAUUUUUAUUUGAAAGGAAUCCUACGAACCUAUUCUACAUUUUAUUAUGUCUAAUGAUAAAUCUACGACCCGCACAGAAGGUGAAUCAAACAGUGAAUCCAAAAAUGAACCAAAUCCAAAAGAAGCCUGGGGUUACGAUUUGUAUCCGGAGAGAAGGGGUACAUUUACGCCAAAAGUUACUAAUAUAUUAUUAGGAAAAGAGGGCAAAGAAGGUAUUGAAAAAUCGAAGUGUGAGAAAAACGUUUAUGACUGUGUUAAAAAUAGUUCAAUAGUGAAACUCAUGAUGGCAGCGCUCCGAAGCUCUGGUUGCCCAGUUGAUAUUCGAAGACAUAUUUCAUGUGAGGUGUGUGAUUACUCUGUCAGUGGAGGGUACGAUCCACAGCUGAAUCAGAUAGUUGUUUGUCAGAAUGUGUCAACAAGAAAAGGUAUGGUGCAAGGCGUCCUGGCCCAUGAGAUGAUCCACAUGUUCGACUACUGUCGCAACAACCUGGACUUCAGGAACAUGGAGCAUUUGGCCUGCACCGAGAUACGGGCAGCCAACCUUACACACUGCUCGUUCACCAGCGCCUGGUCUCAAGGGGAUGCUUCGUGGACUAAAGUCAAACAAGCACAUCAGGAUUGUGUUAAAACCAAAGCUCUGUACUCGGUGUUGGCUGUGCGGCAAAUUGGAAAGGCAGAAGCCGUCGAAGUAAUAGAGAAAGUGUUUCCAAAAUGCUACAAAGACUUGGAACCAAUUGGGAGACGAAUCCGGAGGAAUUCUGAUGACAUGGACAGAGCGUAUAAAGAAGGUUCAUAUUAUGGAUAUGAAUAAAAUAAAAUUAUCUAUAAAAAUACUUUUCAAAAAAUAUUUCAAAAUAGGCAAAUUAAAAAAUUUAUAUCUGAGAAUAAAUUUAUUGUUUUCGUAAUUAUGAACAAUAAAAAAAAUUAUAAAAGAAAUAUUUCUUGUUAAAACAUAGCGUAGGUAAUCAGAAUUUUCAGUAAUGUAGAAAAGAUUGUAGAUAUGUAUUUAUUGUAGAAAUGCAUUAGUUAUAAGCGUAGGUUGAAUAAUAAAAGAUGUGUUUAAUUAUUUAAAAUAA